AUGGCGGCUGUUACGAUUGAGUUGCCCUAUAUUUCAUCGCAUUAUGCCAUCGCGGAGUCGACGCUCACCACUCUUACCCAAGCUCCUACCGUCGAAUUAGUCAAUCAGCUUCUGGAGGCUAUCACAAAGAAAGCACGGAAUUAUGACGAGCUCGAAUCCGACAAGCUUCACUUAGAAGUCGAACUCGAAACUGCCGUUCGCAGCAGCGACUCGAAGAUUAAGGUGCUGAAGAGCUCCGUAGAAAAGGGACAUGCGGAGGUUGAGGAGACUAGGAAGAAACUACACGAAUCAGAAACCGCUCGUUCGUCAUUAGAAUCCGAGAUUGCCACGCUGAAGUCUUCGACCACGUCGAAUGAAUCGGAAGUGACUACGCUGAAGUCCCGCAUAUCCUCCCUUGAAGCCUCUAACCGGGACACCCUCGGCCUACUCGAAUCCAAGACCGCCGCAUACGACAAGCUUGCGGAAGAGCUUUCUGCUCAGCACCAGAAGGCCGUAGAUUUACGACGUGAGCUCGCUACUGCGGAACAGAAAUUUCAGGCCGAAAAUUCGAAAUGUGCGAGCGCCUGUUUCCGUGAGCAAAACUUGCAGCAGGAAUUGGUGUUGACGAAGAAGAAUAACGAAUGGUUCGAGACGGAGUUGAAGACAAAGUCUGCCGAGUACCUUAAAUUCCGCAAGGAGAAGACGGCCCGAAUCGCAGAGCUCCAGCGUGAUAACGAGGAGGCGAACUCGACUAUCGACUCCCUGAGGCGUAGUGAGAAUGCCCUCAAGAAUCGCUUGGAUGAGGUCGAGCAACGAUACGAGGAGUCUCUCUCAAGCAUUCAGCAACUCAAAGAGGAUGCCAUCCAAAAUGCGGAAGCCUUAAGAAACGACUUGGAUAAUGCAAAACGCCUGGCCGAGCUGCAGGGCAAUGCUGCAAAGACUGCCAAGGAGCGUGUUCAAGAGUGUCAGCUCGCUCUAGAAAGGGCGCGAGAUGAUGCGGCAGAGGAAAUUUCAAGACUCCGCGUCGAGAUCGAAACUGAACACGUUGAUAAGGAGGCUGCUGAGCGACGCGUCGCUGAACUCGAGUUGGCCGUCGCCCAAUUAGAAUCAGAGGGUUCCGCUGCCAGGAGAUCCAUGAGCCCAGCCCGCGGCUUGAAUGGUAUAGGACCGAGUACCCCCGUCCGUCCUAGUACUCCAGGUGGAGCAUUCACUCCCAGGACUUCUCGCUCUAAGGGUGGACUUACCCUCACCCAGAUGUAUACGGAGUAUGACAAGAUGAGAAUAAUGCUUGCCGCAGAACAAAAGACAAGCCAGGAACUAAGGGCGACUCUUGACGAGAUGGUCCAGGAUCUCGAAGCCAGCAAGCCAGAAAUCGACGAGCUACGCGCCGAUCAUGCCAGACUUGAGAAUGCAGUAGUGGAAAUGUCGAACAUCCUGGAAACUGCUGGCAAGGAACGCGACGAUGCAACCAAGGAAGCACGCAAAUGGCAGGGGCAGGUGGAGGGAUUGGCACGCGAGGGUGAUAUUCUGCGUCAACAGCUUCGUGAUCUCAGCGCUCAGGUCAAGGUCUUGGUUUUGGAAGUUGCUAUCUUGAAGGAAGGCGAAGGAAAUUAUGACAGAGACGAGCUGGAGAAGAUCGCUCGCCAGGAGAUCGACGAAUCGGCGGCCGAACUAAACCCAACGGGACGUUUCAUCAGUCGGAAUCUGAUGACUUUCAAGGAUCUGCAUGAGCUUCAAGAGCAGAACGUCACUCUUCGACGCAUGCUCAGGGAACUCGGUGAUAAGAUGGAGGGUGCAGAGGCCCGUGAGAAGGAUGCAGUGCGUCAGCAAGAGCAGGAGGAGCUGAAGGACCUUAGGAUCCGAGUUCAAACAUACCGCGACGAAAUCGCAAACCUCGUUGCUCAAACCAAGAGCUACGUGAAGGAGCGGGAUACGUUCCGAAGCAUGUUGACCCGCCGUCGCCAGACCAUUGGAGAUGCGUCCACCUUCUCUCAAUCUCUUCCUCUUGGUGCAGUGCCUCCAUCUGUCGAGGAGCCUGGCAAGGACAUACCCGACUAUGCGGAGUUGCUGCGCAAGGUGCAAGCACACUUCGAUAGCUUCCGCGAAGAGUCAGCCACCGAUCAUGCGGCUCUGAGACAGCAAGUCAAUGAACUAUCGCGGAAGAACAGUGAGCUUAUGGGCGAGAUCAGCCGUUCAAGCAGCCAGCUUGGCGCCGCCACCCAACGAGCCGAACUCCUCCAGAGUAACUUUAACAUGUUGAAGAGCGAGAAUACAGAGUUGCAAAAGCGCUAUGCUACCUUGCUUGAAAAUGCUACUAGACAAGAUCUCAAGACGCAACAGGCCGCCGAAGACCUGGUUGAGACAAAGGGUCUCGUGGAAAGUCUUCAAAGGGAGAAUGCAAACUUGAAGGCUGAGAAGGACCUCUGGAAGAAUAUUGAGAAGAGAUUGAGCGAAGAUAUCGAAACAUUGAGAAACGAGCGUAGCCGUCUCGAUUCUCUGAACGCCAAUUUGCAGACCAUUCUUAACGAGCGCGAGCAUACCGAUGCUGAAAGUCGCCGUCGCUUGCAGCACAGUGUUGAAUCUUUGGAAUCAGAAUUACAGUCUACGAAACGGAAGCUUACCGAUGAAGUUGAGGAGUCGAAGAAGGCUGCACUACGGAGAGAGUACGAGCACGAGCAGAGUCAAAAGCGGAUUGAUGAUUUGGUGACAAGUCUGAGCUCAAUCCGGGAGGAGCUGGUCGCCACAAAGACAACUCGGGAUCAUCUGCAGAGUCGGGUAGAUGAGCUGACUGUCGAACUGCGGAGUGCAGAGGAGCGCCUGCAAGUCGUACAAUCUAGACCGAGUAUCUCUGCUACACCAGCUGUAGCUACGGAGGAAAGUGUUCCGGAUACCGGUCUCACCCGCGAACAGGAAUUAGGCAUCCAGGUCUCUGAAUUGAAGCGUGACCUGGAUUUGGCUAAGGGUGAACUCGAACACGCAAAGGAGCAGGUCGAAGUCUACAAGAAUAUCAGCCAGGAGACUGAGGAACGCUUGCAGUCAGUUACUGAGACGCAAGAACAGUAUCGCGAAGAAACAGAACUUCUGGUGGAGGAGAAGGAGAAGAAGAUUCAAGAUCUUGAGAAACGGAUUGAGGAGAUCUCAUCUGAACUUUCUACGACAAACAACGAGCUUUCCAAACUGCGCGACGAACAAGGCGAAGCUGCACGUCACCUGGAAGAGCAGAAGGUCGCAUUGGAAGUCCAGAUCACAGGUCUGAAGGACGAAAAGGAACGUCUUGUAGCAGCCGCCCAAUUCCACCAGGAUGAUCUCAAAGCCCAGGCUGAGAUCGCCCAGCAUGCCCAGCAAAACUACGAAAGUGAGUUGGUUAAGCAUGCCGAGGCUGCAAAGAACCUGCAAAUAGUUCGUGCGGAAGCCAAUCAGCUGAGAUUGGAACGCGCCGAAGCUCGUACCCAGGCCGACACCUACAAAGAAGAUCUUGUCAAGAAAGAAAAAAGUUGGAGUGAACUCAAAGAUCGAUACGAGAAUGAACUUUCCGAGUUACAGAAGCGCCGUGAGGAAAUUCUUCAUCAGAAUUCCUUGCUCCACACUCAGCUGGAAGACAUCACAAAGCAGAUCACGGCUCUGCAACGAGAUCGCGCCGCUGUUGCCGAGGAUGAACAAGAUGGAGAAACGACGGCACCAAAUCUGGAAAGUCUCCAGGAGGUCAUCAAGUUCCUGCGGCGCGAGAAGGAGAUCGUCGAUGUGCAAUACCACCUUUCUACUCAGGAGAGCAAACGCCUUCGCCAGCAACUCGAUUACACACAAUCUCAACUUGAUGAGGCGCGCCUCAAGCUGGAGCAGCAGCGCCGCGCAGCUGCUGAUAGCGAGCACACGGCUCUGAGCCACAAUAAACUCAUGGAGACGCUAAACGAGCUCAAUUUGUUCCGCGAGAGCAGCGUCACGCUACGAAACCAGGUCAAGCAGGCAGAAGCUGCAUUCGCUGAGAAAUCUGCUCGUGUCGACGAACUCGUGCAGCAAAUUUCGCCCCUGGAGACACGCAUCAGAGAACUGGAGAACGUUGUGGAGACGAAAGAUGGGGAGAUGAAACUUUUGCAGGCUGAUCGGGACCGUUGGCAACAACGCACACAGAACAUCUUGCAAAAAUACGAUCGAGUCGACCCUGCUGAAAUGGAAGGGCUAAAGGAGAAGCUCACGACGCUGGAGAAGGAGCGGGACGAGGCUAUCUCAGCUCGCGACACAUUGCAAGCACAAGCUGCCACGUUCCCUGAGCAACUCAAGCAUGCCGAAGAUAGGGUGCAGGAACUGCGCACUAAGCUCACAGAACAGUUUAAGGCCAGAUCUAAGGAACUCACUGGCCGUAUCAACGCCAAGCAACUUGAGUUGAACGCUGUGGUGCAGGAGAAAGAAGUCAUCCAGGAAGAGCUGAAGACGACCAAAGAGGAGCUAAAUGAGCUCAAGGUUAAGAUGGCUUCUCAGCCACCCGCCCCUAGUGCACCCACCAGUGAGGAAGCACAUGCUGUCAACUCAACACCCGCGUCCCAAUUCCCGACAGCCACGCAGACCGCCCCGGCAACCGAUGACGAGCGAGUUAAGGCUCUGGAGGAGAAGAUCCAGCGCCUUGAAGCCGCUCUUGCUGAAAAGGAUGCUGCUUUGGCUGCCAAGGAUGCCGAGCAUGAGGCGAAGAUCAAGGAGCGGGUGGACAAGCUCAAGGAAACGUUCAACAAUAAGAUGGUGGAGAUCAGAACGGCCCAUCGACAGGAAGUUGAAAGGCUAUCGGCCGCUCAACAGACCGCGCCCCAAGAGCCAGCAACUCCUGUAUCGAAACCCGAUCAGGUUCCUGCAACUCCUUCGAAGGAUAUUGAGCUUCCUGAGCUCACAGACGCCCAGGCGAGAGCUUUAUGCGCGAAGAACGAGACUAUUCAAACCAUUCUUCGCAACAACAUUCGAACAAUGCUUGCAAAGGAGAGGGAGAAAAAGAAGCAAGAGGCCCAGUCAACAUCAGGGGCGGACCAGGAAGCUCUGGCUCAGCUGGAGAGAAAGUUCAGCGAAGAGAAGGAAGCAAUGAAGAAGGCGCACGAGGAAGGUAUGGAAGAGAAGAUCAAGUCUGCUGUUGAACUAUCGGAUAAGAAGACCCUUGUCAAGAUCAGUAUGCUUGAUACUCGCUGGAGGACGGCUCAGGCCAAGCUUGAAGUGGUCUCAAAAGCUGCAACGGAAACUCCUCAAAAGCCUGUGGUUGAGGUAUGGGAGGUAGCUAAGGUUACAAAGGCGCCUCCUGCGCAACCACAGGCAGCGAAACCUGCACAAGCCACGGCAGCCGCUCCCGCUGUAGGUCCAAGUCCAGCACAAGCUGCUGCUGCGCCUCCAGCACCCGUAGCACCGGCACCUACUUCAGUCAUCGGCAGCCAGGAACAGAAGGGUGCUUCUGCACCUACUACCGCUCCUGCUCCUCAGGCGGCUGCUGUUCCAGCUGCGAUCACUGCUCCUGCGGAAGCUCAAGCCCAAGCCACUGAACAAGCACCGCAGCAAGCGCCGCAACAACAACAAGUUGCCCCGGCACCAAACCAACCGACGGCUCCGUUUGCACAAGCCCAAAAUCAGCAGCAAGCUUCAUCAUUGCCUAACAAGCCUCCUGCUGGCUCGGGUGUUUUGAGAGCUCUUCAAUCAGGGCUUCCAGUCGCACGAGGCGGUCGAGGCGGCGGCCGUGGUGGUGCGCAUCAACAGAACCCAUUUGGUGCGCAGGCAACUGAACAGCAGCAACAACCGCAACAGCAACAACAACAACAGGCUCAGACUCAACAGAGCCAGCGGGGCGCUGGUGUUCGGGGCCGGGGUGGACGGGGAGGAUUCGGCCGAGGUGGCCACCAAAACGUUCAGGGAGGUAAUGCACCUCAAGGACAGGGCCAGUCAAGCCCCGGCGGCGGUCGCGGUGGAAUGAAUGUUCAAGCCCGCCAGUUUAUUCCUCAAGGAAACAAGCGGGCCAGAGAAGAUGGCGGCGAGGCCGGGAAUGAUGCUGGAGCCACCGGCGGAAAGCGGAUGAGAGGAGGUGGUCAUGCCAGAGGUUCUUGA